UGUCCCUCGACAGUCGCUGUGCUGUUAAUCCUGAGGCGUGUCAGUGGAAACCGUGAUGUUCGUGUGUCUGGUGUGUAACAUGAAGGUUGGGUUCGCCACUACCUUGUUUGUUUGACUGCAGUCAUGAACGAACUUCCGUUAUCGUUCGAGAUCAACAGAAAAAUAAGCCAUUAGUGCUGAAAUAGUGUAGUCGGACUGUUGUUUAUCCCCGUUCAUCGCCUCUCAGGUUACCCAGCUGCUAUGUACCGGUAACGGCUCGGCUGUAGCUACAGACAGUUUCCUGCGUCAGUGACCGUGAUGCGUUUUAACGAGAAGGAGCUGGUCUUUCUGAGCCGCCAGCCGUCAGAGAUGGCAGCUGAACUGGGCAUGAAGGGGCACAAGAAAGGAGACGUUAUUAAGAGGAGGCUGGUGAAGCUGGUCGUCAACUUCCUCUUCUACUUCCGGACCGAUGAGGAGGAGCCGAUGGGAGCUUUGCUGCUGGAGCAGUGUCGAGUAGACAGGGAGGACCGUCAGAGCUUCUCCAUCACAUUUCUGGACGAAGCAGAGCGGAAGUAUUUAUUUGAGUGUGACUCAGAGGAACAAUGCAGAGAGUGGAUGGACUCCAUCAUCAAAGCCAGUUAUGAAUUCAUGAGGAAGAAUCUGAUAUUUUAUCGAACUGAAAUCCACAGGCUCACUGGCAAGGAUCCUCUGGAACAGUAUGGUAUAUCAGAUGAAACACGCUUCCAGGUCAGCAACGGGCUUCAAAUGACAUCUGGAGAAACAUCCUCACUGUAGACCAGCGUCCUGGGAAUCCAAAAUCCACUCCUGGCUCUUUGUCGAGCCAUUGAAAUAGCCUCACAGGUCUCACGAUAUAACUUUAGUUUUUCACUGCUUUGAACAUAUUUUAUGUUAUGCUCUAGUUGUAUGUCUAGUUGUAUCAGGGUGUCUGGCCUGUUGAAUUGCUUUUUGCAGUCACCCAAGGCAAUGCCUGGACUUCCAAUAAUCAACACUGUCUUAUUUUUUUUGGUUUAAGGGACACAAGCUCUGUCUUAGUUAAUCAGACAUAAAAUAUAUUUUUUUACUGUGUUGUUUUGAGAACCACUUCUUUUACCUUUCUGCUCGAAAUGGUGCUGUGAAUUUCUUGUAGGAUAACCGACAUUAACAUCACUGUAUAACAAACAUAAAGCAUUAAAAGUAGUGAGUGCACACUGUAGCAAACAGCCAAUUAAGAAAUCAUCCAGGUGUUUUAACUGUGUUAACUGAACUUCAUGAGCCAUGUGAGCUACUCAGCUGAGCCACACAUUUCAAUCCUAAUGCUAAUGAGGAAUCAGAAUUGCAGCAAAACUGUAUGUUAUGUUAAUCAGUCAGCCCAUUUAAAAUAUUUAGUUUUGAUGAUUAUAUUUUUGCACCUUCUGCUGGAUUUGAGGUUUUCUUUUUUUUUUCUUAGAAUUCCAAUAAGUCACUUGAAAUUACUGUACAUUUUCUUAGCACUUUGUAUAGGUUUCUAUAAGUUUGACCAUAGUAAGAAAUGUGGGCAUUUGGUAUAAAUUAAGUAACAUUAACCAAGAUAUUGAAACAGUUUAACACAUUUUAAAUUGUACACUAUCCUGCAACUUGGGGGAAAUUUCACAUCAGUCUUUAAACUUAUGACUGACGUCAGUGAAUGUGUCUCUGUUUCUUUGCACAUUUUUCCUGGUUCUUAUUUUACUUAAGAAUCUGUUGGUUUAAUUGCUUUUAAAUCUAAUAAAAGAAUUUAUAAGAUCCUGUUAA